AUGGAAAGGAGCGCUGUGUAGCCUCUCACGUCGCUGCCGCCUCCUCCUCCCCCCCCCGCCGGCUCCCUCCCUCCCUCCCAGGCAGGAAGAGCAGGCGGCUGUAGUAGCUCAGCAUGCUCUGGCUGGCCCCAGGCGCCCUCAGAGCCUCGUGCUCUUAGCUGAGCCGAGCUGCAGCUUCGUCUUGGCCCCGGCCCCGCGGUGCUCCAUGGUGGUUGAGGGGCAGCGCUCUGCUGCGGCGCGGUGGGGAGGAGGAAGACGAAGGAGGAGGAGGAAGAGGAGAGGGUAUGGCUGCCCAGGGGGACAGCUGCAGCGUCAAGGUGGCAGUGAGGAUCCGUCCUCAGAUGCCAAAGGAGAAGAUCGAAGGAUGUCACAUCUGCACAUCAGUGACACCUGGAGAACCACAGGUACUCUUAGGAAAGGACAAAGCCUUUACCUACGACUUUGUCUUCGACCUGGAUAUUUGGCAGGAGCAAAUCUACACAACCUGUGUGAACAAACUUAUCGAGGGCUGCUUCGAAGGUUACAAUGCCACAGUGUUGGCAUAUGGACAGACAGGUGCAGGUAAGACUUACACCAUGGGCACUGGCUUUGCCAUGAACAUUUCUGAAGAAGAACAUGGCAUAAUCCCACGAGCCAUUGCCCAUCUGUUCAGUGGCAUAGAAGAACGCAAGCGAGCAGCACAAGAACAGGGCGUGCCAGCACCAGAGUUCAAAGUCAGCGCACAGUUCUUGGAGUUGUACAAUGAGGAGAUUCUGGACCUCUUUGAUAGCACACGGGAUCCAGAUUCCCGCCACCGGAAGUCAAACAUCAAAAUCCAUGAGGAUGCCAGCGGUGGGAUCUACACCACGGGUGUCACAUCUCGUCUCAUUGGCUCGCAGGACGAGCUGAUUCAGUGCCUGAAGCAGGGAGCUUUAUCUCGAACCACAGCCAGCACCCAGAUGAAUGUCCAGAGCUCCCGCUCCCAUGCUAUCUUUACUAUCUACCUUUGCCAAAUGCGAGUAUGCUCUCCUGUCCACUUGGUGAAUGGAGACUCAAACACUCUCCUGGAGGGAUCUCAGUCCACCAGCGAGUAUGAGACGCGAACUGCCAAAUUCCACUUCGUUGACCUAGCUGGCUCAGAGAGGUUGAAGCGAACUGGUGCUACGGGCGAGAGAGCCAAAGAAGGAAUAUCCAUCAAUUGUGGUUUGUUAGCACUGGGAAACGUCAUCAGCGCCCUUGGGGAUCAGAGCAAGAAAGCCUUGCAUGUACCCUACCGAGAUUCAAAGCUGACCCGGCUCCUCCAAGAUUCCCUUGGUGGCAACAGCCAAACCAUCAUGAUUGCCUGUGUGAGCCCUUCAGAUCGGGAUUUUAUGGAGACUCUGAAUACCCUUAAGUAUGCCAAUCGUGCUCGCAAUAUCAAGAACAAAGUCGUGGUGAAUCAGGAUAAGACAAGCCAGCAGAUCAGUGCCCUGCGAGCUGAAAUUGCUCGCCUCCAGAUGGAACUCAUGGAAUACAAGGCGGGUAAACGUGUCAUUGGAGAAGAUGGCUCUGAAGGCUACAGUGACCUGUUCCAUGAGAAUGCCAUGCUGCAGAAGGAGAACACCACUUUGCGUAUGCGGGUGAAGGCCAUGCAAGAGGCUAUUGAUGCUAUCAACAUCAGGGUCACCCACUUGAUGAGCCAAGAAGCCAACCUGAUUCUUGCCAAGGCAGGUGAUGGCAAUGAGGCUAUUGGUGCCCUGAUCCAGAACUAUAUCCGGGAAAUUGAGGAGCUUAGGACAAAACUCCUGGAGAGUGAAGCGAUGAAUGAGUCACUGCGUCGCAGUCUAUCACGGGUUUCCUCAAGGUUGCCCUAUUCCCUGGGCCUAUCUCCAGGGCCUGGGUUGGCAACUCCAAAUAGCCCUGCAACUUCUGUGGAAGCAGAGGCUACCGAUGUCCUCCAAUGGGCUAAGCAGGACUUAGAACGGUUGAAGAAGGAGACUAAGCUGAGGAGGAAAAGCCCAGAGAAGGAAGGGUUUAAAAAGAGGCUGAGACUGCAGCAAGACGAGGCAGAUGAAACAGAUGAGAAUGAGGUAGAAGAGGAGGAAAGGGAUGAGAGUGGCUGUGAGGAAGAAGGUGGCCAGGAGGAAGAAGAGGAAGAGGAUUCAGGAAGUGAAGAAAGCCUCGUGGAUUCUGACUCAGACCCUGAAGAAAAGGCAGCAAAUUUCCAGGCUGACCUGGCUGACUUGACUUGUGAGAUUGAGAUCAAACAGAAGCUAAUAGAUGAACUGGAGAACAGCCAACGGCGCCUGCAAACCCUGAAACAUCAGUAUGAGGAGAAGCUGAUUCUGCUGCAGAACAAGAUCCGUGACACCCAGCAAGAAAGGGACAGGGUCCUGCAGAAUCUCAGUACCAUGGAAUGCUACACAGAAGAAAAAGCUAACAAGAUCAAAGCUGACUAUGAGAAGCGACUAAGGGAGAUGAAUAGGGACCUGCAGAAGUUGCAGGCAGCCCAGAAGGAGCAUGCUCGCCUCCUCAAGAACCAAACUCGAUAUGAGCGAGAGCUGAAGAAGCUAAAUGCAGAAGUGGCAGAGAUGAAGAAAGCCAAGGUGGCACUAAUGAAACAAAUGCGUGAGGAGCAGCAGAGGAGGAGACUGGCUGAGACCAAGAGGAACCGAGAGAUUGCUCAGCUGAAGAAAGAGCAGCGUAGGCAAGAGUUUCAGAUUCGUGCACUAGAGUCUCAGAAGCGGCAGCAGGAGAUUGUCCUGCGCAGGAAAACCCAAGAGGUCUCUGCUCUGCGUCGUUUGGCCAAGCCUAUGUCUGAUCGAGUUGCUGGGAGGAUGAACCGAAAGUUAGCCAUGCAGGACUCUGGUGCUGAGGUCUCCACUAGCACCACUUCCUCAGAGCCAGAAUCCAGUUCUCGUUCAGUUUCCAGCAUUGUACGCCAGUGGAAUCGGAAAAUCAACACCUUUCUGGGAGAUCCUCCUUCUUCCAUAAAUGGGACUCGGACCAUCAGGAAGAAGUUUCCAAAAAAAGGGGUCAACCAGACCUUCAGCAAAACAGCCCGCCUUAAGUGGCAGUCACUGGAGCGACGUGUCUUUGACAUCGUCAUGCAAAGAAUGACAGUCAUCAAUCUGGAAUCGGAUAUGGAGCGGCUCAUCAAGAAACGUGAGGAGCUGUCGCUGAUGCAGGAGAUGCUUCUGGGAAAGAGAGAGAAACUGCAGACUGAGAACCCUGAAGAGCAGAAAGGCCUGAAUGAGUUGAAUGAGGAGAUAGAAGUGCUGGCAGCCAAUAUUGACUACAUCAACGACAGCAUUUCUGACUGCCAGGCCACCAUCAUGCAGAUUGAGGAAACCAAGGAAGAACUGGAUUCUACUGACACCUCUGUGGUGAUCAGCUCCUGUUCCCUGGCUGAGGCACGACUUCUGUUGGAUAAUUUCCUUAAGGCAUCCAUAGACAAGAGCCUGCAAGUAGCACAGAAAGAAGCACAGAUCCGCCUGCUGGAAGGACGGCUGAGACAAACAGAUGUGACUGGUUCCUCCCAGAAUCACCACAUCCUGGAUGCCCUGCGGGAGAAGGCAGAAUCCCAUCCUGAGCUACAGGCACUCAUCCACAAUGUGCAGCAAGAGAAUGGCUAUGCCAGCACAGAUGAGGAAGUCUCUGAGUUCAGCUUGGCCUCGGAAAGCAGCUUCUCUCAGUCUUUCUCUAUGAAGGGCUCUGCCAGUCAGGAUGACUUCAAGUGCAGGACCAGGGACUUUGCCCAUCUAAGCCAAUUGACCUCUGCUAUGUUUCUAUCCCUUGGCUUUUUGACUAUUGGAGAGUCCCAAUGUGGGGAGCCCAAGCUAUCUGGCCAGAUGAAGGCUGUGUCUGCAGAGUGCCUAGGACCACCACUGGACAUUUCCACUAAGAACAUCACCAAGUCACUGGCAUCCCUCAUGGAGAUCAAAGAGGACGGAAUUGGCUUUUCCAUCCGUGAUCCUUACUACAAGGAGAAAGUCUCCCGCACCAUCAGCCUGCCCACACGAGGAAGCACAUUCCCUAGGCAGUCCCGUGGCUCAGACACAUCACCACUCACCAGGAGAAAGUCCUAUGAUCGGGGUCAGCCUAUCAGGACCCCAGAUGUUGGAUUCACUCCUCCCUCGUCCCCUCCUAGUAGGCCACGGAAUGACCGCAAUGUCUUCUCCCGCCUCACCAGCAACCAGAGCCAGGGCUCAGCACUGGACAAGUCUGAUGACAGUGACUCCUCUGUCUCGGAGGUGCUGAGGGGCAUCAUUAACCCAGUGGGUGGUUCCAGGAGUGCCCGGACAGCCCCGCUGCAGUGCAUUUCCAUGGCAGAAGGACACACCAAGCCUGUUCUGUGCCUGGAUGCUACCGACGAGUUGCUAUUCACUGGAUCCAAAGAUCGGAGUUGCAAAAUGUGGAACUUGGUAACUGGCCAGGAAAUUGCCUCUUUGAAGGGUCAUCCGAACAAUGUAGUCUCCAUUAAGUACUGCAGCCACUCUGGCCUGGUAUUCACAGUCUCUACCUCUUACAUCAAAGUGUGGGACAUCCGGGACUCUGCAAAGUGUAUCCGCACCCUGACCUCAUCAGGCCAGGUGAUUUCAGGAGAUGCCUGUGCUGGGACCACCACCCGCACCAUCACCAGUGUGCAAGGCGAGCACCAGAUCAACCAGAUUGCACUGAAUCCCACUGGAACCAUGAUUUAUGCUGCCACUGGCAACUCUGUCCGCAUCUGGGAGUUGAACAGACUGCAGCCCAUUGGGAAGCUAACAGGCCAUAUUGGGCCUGUGAUGUGUCUCACAGUGAACAGGACUGCAAGCAACCAUGACUUGGUCAUCACCGGGUCAAAAGAUCACUAUGUCAAGAUGUUUGAGAUUGCAGAAGGUGUUGGUGGCAAUGUUGGCCCUACUCACAACUUUGAACCCCCACAUUAUGAUGGCAUCGAAUGCCUAGCUAUCCAGGGAGAUGUUCUCUUCAGCGGCUCCAGGGACAAUGGGAUUAAGAAAUGGGACCUGGAGCAGCAGGAACUCAUCCAGCAAAUCCCCAACGCACACAAAGACUGGGUUUGCGCUUUGGCUUUUGUGCCCAGCCGGCCCAUGCUGCUGAGUGCCUGCCGUGGCGGGACCGUGAAGGUUUGGAAUGUGGACAACUUCACACCUGUUGGGGACAUUAAGGGGCAUGACAGUCCCAUCAAUGCCAUCUGCACCAAUUCUAAGCACAUCUUCACAGCAUCCAGUGACUGCCGGGUAAAGUUAUGGAAUUACGUGCCUGGGCUCACCCCCUGCCUUCCACGACGCGUCCUUGCCAUCAAGGGCCGUGCUACCAGUCUGCCUUGACCCUUCUCUUGUCUUCUCUUCUCUCCUGCUCACUCUUUCUUGCGUUGUUCUCUCCUCUCUUCCCUACCCCUCUCUUUCUCUUCCCUGCCCUUUUCUCUGCGAGCUGAUCUCAGCUGCUUCUUUACGUGACUGGACAGUGAAGCUCUGGAGUGCAAGGAAACUACUGAAGAGCACAACUUAGAAAUUGGAAAAAGACUAGAUGUGGUGACCAUGGUGGGGCUUACAGAAGAACCAAGGUGGUGCCCUUGUUUAGCCUGGCCUACAGGGGCUAGGAAGCAGUAUUUUGCUUUCCAUCAGAAUCUCCCACUUCCCGGUGCUCAGGAACAGAUGGCACCCUGGAUUGUGGUACUCUCUGCACCGGCAAGCGUUCAUUGUUGGAUGGUGCCAGAGAAUCUCCUUUCCUUCUAGCUUUCAUGCUCAAGUUUCCUGUUGAGUCUUUUUGCUUGGUAGGAUUUUGCGAUGAUUCUGAAUUGUAAAGCGACACUUGACCUAACAUUUGUCAGCCACAAGAAGGCCACGCUGAGGCAUUUGACCUUCUCUAGUGAAAAUCCAUCUGCCACCCAAACUGGCAUCUCCCAGAUUAGAGGCUGUGGGAAAUGUGAAAAACUCUGCAAAACAGGUAGCUUUCGGUGUUUGUAGACCAAGGGAAGAGGAGAAAGAUCUUGUCCUUGAUGCUAUUAUGCUUGGGAGCACCACAUCCACCAUUUCCUGUUGCCCAGAAGUCACCUUUAUCGUAUUUAUGCCUUGCUAUUCAGGGCUCAACAGUGAAAUGGAUCAGAGGAAAUACAAACAUACCAGCUGUUUCCUAGACGCGUUUCCUGCACAGCUGAUUGUCACAUUUUAGAGGGUAUUUCUUGCUGUAGUUAGGUAUUUCACAAGUAUUAAUGAAGUGUUGAUUUUCUCUCCCUUCUCAGCAAUGGACUGGGGUUUUUUCUAAGUGGGUUGGGGACAAUGGAAAAAUGACCCACCUUAAUAUUGAGCACACGUGGGAUUUCUCGGUUUUCACUCCAAAGUGGACUCACCAAAGGAUUUCAUUUUCAAAUGCCAGAUGGUCAUGAAUUUGGUUUUGCCACUUUAAAGAGCACACAUAAUCUUGAGGUAAUAGCCUAAAAAGGAAUACCUCUAUUGUAUUAAGACAUAAAAUUGGUGACUGAUAGAUUGAGAUAUGCUCCUCUUCUUUUCCUCACCUGUGGCGUCAGGAUUUUGGCAAGUUUGGAAGUAUUAUUCCUUAAUGUAUUAUAGCUUCAGAACAGAAAUGGUACCACUGGACUCUUUCCACAGUGCUAGAUAACUAACAAAAUGAUGUUUGAUUUGCUGGAAUAUGCUUUUGUCAUCCCUGAAGGAAAGUCAUCCCAGGGAAGAAUGCUUCCAUCUGUUUUUUGUCCUCUUUCAGUCACAGGAUAGCAAUAGUAAUAAGUUCUCUCCCUUCAAAUGAAGAAGGGACCAUUUGUUUGGGAACAGAGAAGCGUGAGGAGUUUUCCUGACUUUUCAAACAGGGUAAGACAUUUGAAUGGAUAAACACAAGUGUGUGGCAGUGCGUUUUUAUCUGCACUUCUUCCGGGGUAGGGUGGCAAGACCUGGAAAAGAAAAGGUCUCCGCCUCUCUCAGCUUCACCCCCAGCACCUCUUUGUUUACACCUGUUUGAAAUUCAGCCAUUCUGGCCUAUUCACAUUUAAGCUCGUUAUAAUAGACUCUGUAAGGAAUGGGCAGGAGAGAAUUGGCUCUCUGCUUCAGCCAACUUGAAACAUUCAUGGACAUUUCUCAACUCACUUGACUUUACCAAUGGACACUGACUUAGGCCCUGGGCAUAGGCACUACUUGGUGAGAAACGUUUCCCUUUGUGUGUGACAUAGCUAAGGAAACUUAGUAAAGUUUCCCUUGAAGCUUUGCUAAGCAUUCCUCAAAUCCUUCUGUCCCUCACUUAGAUGUUAACACAUUUGUGUACAUGAACUCUUUAACAUGUGUUGGGCUCCUUCACAAUAGUGAAGAGCCAGGACCUAGAUUUUGUAAGUCUCUCUUUCAACCAGAAGACUUGAGGAAAACAGCACAUCAAGUGGGCUAGUGUGGCCAAGCAGACCAAAAUAAUCUUGUCUCCUGCAAGUUCUGCCUGACCUUGGUUUGGAGGAGUCGACUCUAACAAACGGAGUUCCAUUGGGUAUGAACGUUGUCCACUUCCAUGCAUUGUGAAAACACCACCACCAUGCAAUGAAGCUGCUGAUUAUUCCAUCUGAGUAGAAAGUUGUACUGUACUUCUGUAUGGGUGUUCAAAUGGUUCUGUGUAUUGUCUUGUGCUUUAUUUGGGGUGGGAGGCCAGAAGGGGUAUUUGUGUGUGAGAGGAAAAGAUUUGAAGAAGGUGAGGGCUUGUUUUGAGUUAACCUACCUCAUGGUGUGUUUGAUUUUUCUUCUUUUUUUGUUAAUGAAACUUGAAUUGGUCUGAGGAACGCACAUUCUCACUGACCCGAGUCUUUGAACUUGCAGUUCGAACAGCCAGCUGAAGCCAGGGUUAGAGUGGCUUCUCUAUGCUUUGCCUCCACUGUUUAUUACAUUCAAGUCCAAGGCUUGGUCCGUGUCAACCAGUUGCACCAUUUUAAUAAGCUCUUCUUAAAUAUUAAGACAGAUAUUUAUUGAAUCAUGGUAUUCUGUGCAGUCUUCUCUUGACUCAGCAUUCUAGACUGAGGUGGGAGGAAGCUGGGUGAUUUGAAUCCUGGAAGAGGGGCCAUCUUCCAUUGAUGAUGAAAUCAGCACAAUCUCCUCCCCUAACAGCCCCAUCCCUUCAAAUGACCAUGUCUGAUACCUAGGAAACCUUGCAGUCACCUGUGAAUGUGUUUUUAUAUAAAUAUACAUAUUUGGCUGCAAAAAUCUAGGAACAGAUUGUGAAUUCACCUAAACCUUCCUACUUUCAUUCUUGUAGGCAGUCAGUGUAGAAUGAUGGAUAUGAAAUGUCCUGUAAAGUAAUACUUGAUAUGUCUGAAUUGGUCUGCCAUGGAAGGCACUCUUCUUACCUGUUAAAUUAUUGGCCAUAUUGCCAUUAAAGUCUCAGGAGUCCCUAUGCUAUUUCUGUGCUUUUAGGUAUGGGAUUAUAUUUCCUCAUAUUGAAGAAACCUCCUCCUUUUUAACAGUCCCAAUCCCAUGGAUGCAGCAAGAAAUGCAAAUCUCUAGAACUGAAAUGCAGUACAAUCAAGGGGAGCCUUUUUAAAAAAUCAAAAUUGUCAACUAGUUUGCCUUUCUGAGGGCACAUGGUGCAAAGAAGUAAAAUAAAACCAGAAAAUCCCAUCUGUUAUGGUGGUCCUUGGAGUAAGCAUACAUGUUCAUCAAGUGGACACUGUAAUGCAACUCUGAAGUAGGCUUGCAUUGUCCACCUACUUUAUCCCACAGAUUUGGAAACUCUAGCCUUCUUGUCAUGGUGCCACCAAAGCUGAUGACUUCAGUUCAGAGAGAUGCUGCAGUCCUGCUUUGUACAGAUACAUGCCUUUUAGGCUUCCUGCUGGUAGGAUAGUGUAUUUUCUCCUUGCAUUCCAGGAAAAGACAUACUGCAAUGAAAGUCUUGGUAAACAUAAAUACCACAGGUGAGAACCUCAAACUUGGUAAUUUGCUCCAGUAAUUGAUCUGUAUAUACACACGUAAUUUCAAUUAACAGGUGCCUUUUCAUGCCCUAAAUGUAUUUUACAAAAGGCUGGUGCUUGUUUAGGGUUUCUGUGGGGGCUGUAUCAUCUGGCAAAAUGGUCUCUGUGUUUGUAUGGGUGUGCGUGUGUAUACAGGAUAAGAUGUGUUAAUAUUUUAUACCUCUGUGUAAAUAAUGUAAGUUAUUUAAGGUUCCUGAUGUACAUGGUUUUUCCAAUGAAUGUGUUGGUUUUUUCUCUUAAUAAAUAAGCUUAUUAAAAUGAAA